CCGCCCCAAAACUAGUCCAAGCUCAAACAGCAGCUUAUAUCCCGUCCCCCCACAGCUCCCCCAGAACGAUCCAUAGACCUGGUAAUUCACACCUCGAACCACCCACACCACCACCGCCACCACCACCUCCCUCAUCACAACCGCUUGGAAAAAUCCCAGACCAUUAUUAAACCGUUAACAGCCAACGCCCACCAUGGACUCCCCAGCCUGGACCACGCCCCUGGACCGCAUCAGCGUCCUCGAGCAGGACCGAUCCCUGCUUAACCUGAUGACCAUCAUCCGGGACCAAACCACCAGCGACCGGGAUUUCUCGUCCGCGGUCGAGAAAGUCGUGCGGAGGUUAAUCGCCUCAGCAUUGAACCACGUCCCCGCGGAAGAACACACCAUCACCACACCCCUCAACGCCACCUACACCGGCGUCCGCUUCACCAAGGGUGUGUGUGGCGUGAGUAUCCUGCGCGCGGGCGCCUGCAUGGAGCAGGCGCUGCGGGAUACGUGGACAGGCCCCCUCAGCUUCGGCAAACUGCUCAUCCAGCGCGACGAGGAGACGAGUAUUGCGAAGAUCUACUACUCCAAACUCCCCGCUAGUAUCACUAAGGAUGUCGUCCUCCUCCUCGAACCAAUGCUCGCGACCGGCGGCUCGGUGAUCAAAGCCGUCGAGACACUCACCGGAAACGGCGUCCCGGAGGACUCGAUCGUGCUCGUGAAUGUGGUCUCGUCUCGGAAGGGACUGGAUGUUGUGUCGGGGAGGUUUCCGGGGCUGAAGAUUGUCUCUGCGGCUGUGGAUAUGGAGUUAACGGCUCAGAAUUAUAUCAGCCCCGGACUGGGAGAUUUCGGGGAUAGGUACUAUGGGACUUGUGCUUAGGGAGAUCGGUUGAGAUGUUGGGUUAUCUUUGGUUUUUUUGGGCUUGAGUUAGGGCAUAUUGACUGGGGCGUGGAGGCAUGGUGUUUAUUAUUGUAUAUAUGCUUUGGUUUUUAUAGGGGUGUAGGUGGGUUGUGAAUGGGUUUCAAAGUGCAUAGUGAGG